GUACACGCAAACUGUAUCCCAAUCAUUCAACUCUUACCAUUCUCAACAAAAUAAAGAAGUAAUACUCUUCUUCCCUUAGCACCAGCCCCUUGAUCAAUUCAACACACAAAUCCGAUCGACAAGCGAAUCUUUUCUUUCUCCAUUCCCACUGGUCGGCAUACCGUCUUGCCCGCUGCCCGCCUUUUCCCCUCCUUUCCCACUAGCCCCCCCCUCUCUAUAUAAACCUCCACACAUUGACCAUAACCUUUUAAUCUCAAAAUGUUCGUCAAACUCACCGUCACCGUUCUUUUCUUUCUAUACGCCGUCGCUUAUUCUCGUACUUCGUCAGAUCUACCAGAUGGGGACUUCACUCUACCCGAAUUACCAAGAUCCGAUCCGAAAGCCACGCCUGUUCUCUUCCUCCCAAGCCAGAAACCCGAAACUAAUGAGCCCGCAACUGAAAUAAAGUAUCCAGCUGAUGUAGAAAUCGAGGAGCAAAAGGAACCAGGAUUGUCAUCAACGGAGGUGAAGACGGAAUCGAUUGAGACAGCGGUGCCGCUAACAGUCGUGACUUUCCGUCCAACAAACCUUCACUUCUUGCCUCGACGCCCGUUACUCCCGGUACGCCAUCGUCACGGAUGCCAUCACGGCCACAAUAUGAUGAAGCCGCGUUUCUACGGUAAUGAUAUGGUCGUAUCCGGUGAGAAGGAUGAUGGUUUUGAACUUGGUGAUCAUCAGGCGACACGUGGCGUUGGUAGGCAGAUUCCUGCUAGGUGGACCAGGUUUCACCAUGGGGGUCAGAGGUUUUCUUUCUAUGAUGACGUGGCAAAUGGAGAGGAGAGGGAGUGGGGCCACAAGAUGCAUCAGGAGCACCACCACGAGCACGAUCAGGAGCACGAGCACGAUCACGAUCACGAGCACGAGCACGAGCACGAUCACGAUCACGAUCACGAGCACGAGCACGAGCACGAUCACGAUCACGAUCACGAGCACGAUGACGACGAGCACGAGCACCGGCACGAUCACGGGCACGGGCACGGGCACGGGCACGAGGAGCAGGAGCACGGGCACGAGGAGCAUGAGGGGCACGGGCAUAGGCAUGAGCAUGAUCAUGGGCAUGGGCAUGGGCAUGGGCAUGAGCAUGAGCAUGAAUGGGGAUUGUUCAAGGGGAUUCGCAAGUUUUUGACGCAUAAUUUUUGAGGAGAUUUGGAAGGUAUUAAUGUUAUUAUAAAUAUAUUAUGGGGGUGUUUAAAUAUGUGUUUAGUUUUGUGUUGUGGUUAAGUAAUGUAAAUAACAUCGGCAUCCUAUGAGAUGUAUCGUAGAAUACAUGUUCUAGUUUUAGUAGGAACUUUUAAAUAAUGCUGCUGCUGCUGCUGCUGCUGCGGUGAUGUUGCAGCAAUAGAUAUAUGAAUUUUACUAUAUUUUGUGCUCUA